AUGUUUUUAUGUCUCCAAGAGCCUGGUGGAAAAAUGGGAGAAAGAGUUAAAAUUCAACCUAGUGAUGUAGUUAUAAUGUGUUCCAAAUCGGGCAAAUUAACAUCAUCGUUAGUUCGAUAUAGGUGUGAAAAAUGUCUUCCUCCAUCAGUAGAUAAACAAUGCUUACUUUUAUCUGAUUCGUAUUCAGAACAGAACGAUACAGAGAUUUAUCAGAAUAUACCGUCAAAAUCAAUUCAACGAAUAAUGAUUCCGAAAAAUACGACAUGUGAUAUUCAACCAUUAGAUCGAUAUUUUAAUCGACAAAUGAAAAUUCUUAUCAAACGUUUGUAUCAUCAUGUUGCAAUAGAGAAAAUUGAUAUUAAUUUAUGGAAAAGAAAUAAUAUCGUAAAAUUAAUAUCACUCGUUCAUAACCAGUUAUCAUCUUCCAAAUUCAAUAAAAUGAUACAAUAUUCGUGGUAUUGUAGUGGAUAUUCAAAAGUUAAUCCAUCGCCUUUUCAAAAUGUUGAAGUUUGUUUUCCUCCAACUGCUUCCAUCGAACUAUGUGAAAAAAAACGUGCGUUGAAACAAGCUUCAUUACCUGUUCCAUUUGUUCGAAGAAACUUUCUUUCGAUCAUUUCUUUAUUCAAUAUCAUUUUCAUAGAAAGAUAA